AUGAUGUUCUACACGCAGUUGUUUACGUCCAAACGGGGGCCUCUGGCCAAGAUCUGGCUGGCAGCGCACUGGGAGAGGAAGCUCACCAAAUUACACGUGUUUGAAUGCAAUUUAGAAACAACCAUCAGAGACAUCAUCUCUCCAAAGAUGAAAAUUGGUUUGCGCACCUCUGGCCACCUGCUCCUUGGUGUGGUCAGAAUCUACUCCAGGAAAACAAAGUAUCUCCUGGCAGACUGCAGUGAAGCCCUGGUCAGAAUUAAAAUAGCAUUCAGGCCAGGUCAGACGGAUCUGCCUGUGGAGGGGCUCGAGGCCACAAUAAAAGCAAUUACAUUGAUUGAGGAUUUCACUGCCUUUGAUGCAGAGUUACCAGACCCCAGAAACAUCGAUGUUGUGGACCACUUUUCACUAAACCAAUGUCGAACAGAGGAAAUCACUCUGAAGGAGGAUUUUGGAAAUGGCUUUCUGAGCUUUGGAGACAUUGGAGAAGAAUCCCUGGUAAAUGCAAAAACUUUGCUGGCUGGGAGCUUUGAGAGCUUUGCACAACAUGGAGAUGCUUUUGGGGACGAGGAUAGAGGAUUCGACCUUCUUGACUUUCUGUCAAACAGUGAUCACACCGAGCACACAGACUUCCUUCUAGGAGAACCCCAAAAUGAAAAUCAAGAGAGCUUUACACUGAAUGGCCAUCAACAUCAAAUAGAUGCUGACAGAAGAGCUCCUGUGGAGCCAGGGACCCCUGCACUUAAUGAAACUACCCUGGUUUCUAAUGAGGAUGCUGCCUUUGCCCUAGAACCCGUGGCUGUCACUCCAAAUUCAGAAAGAAGGGGGGGCAAGAGGAAACGGAGGUUGGUAGUGGACCAGACUAAACAGCUGAGCAAUGAAUCCAUCAGAGAGCAGCUUUCUGACACUUCAGACCUGCUUGUUGGUUUGGACAUGGCCCCACCGACUGUGCAGCUCAUGCAUUGGAAGGAGAGUGGAGCUGCACAAAAUCACCUUUCACAGCCCUGUUCUGCUGUAAUAAAUCCGAAGAUUAAAGAGCUCUUUGCCAAAAGUAUCUUCAAGCUAAAUUAUUUUAGUGCAAGAGAGGAAGUUGAGGAGAUGCGCCAAGAGGAACAAGAAGCUCAGAGAGAUCUCAGCGCCCUCAACACAGACAUCAGUGUCGUAGAUUCAUCGGUCAAUUCUGAAAAAACUAACAGAAUGGAGUUGACAGCCCUGGACAAAAACAACAACUGUGGGAAUUAUUUCGAUGUUGCACUAGAUGAGAACAUGUCCGAGUCCACACAUCCACAUUUGCCAUCAGAGGACUCCAUGCUUGUCCAUCCCUCUUACCUGGAGGAGGAUCAGUCAACUUCCCUCCACACUCAGUCAAUGCUGGACAGCCAGGACUUUGAGGAGCGCAGGAUAACCAGGCGAGCGCAAAAGCUUCAUAAUGCCCUAAAAAGUCAAAGCAGCAGUGACCCCAGAUUCAGUCUGAAGGAACUUCUUGAAGGAACAACUCGCGCCCAGGCUGCCACCACCUUUUACUGCGCCCUGCUCUUGAAAAAACAGCAAACCAUCAACUUUCACCAGAGUGCUCCAUACAAGGACAUCUGCAUCACACCCGGACCCAGAUUUUACGAUUAG